AUGCAGACCACUACCGAACUCCAGCUUCCUUCAUCCAGUUCCUUUGAUUACGAGUCGGAUGCAGUCGCUGCCAUGACCGAGUACUCUCGCAUCAUGCACUCCCACACCAUGAAACAGAUGGAGAAUGCUCGACGAGCAUCUCGACGAAGAGACGCAGAAAGCGGCGCUGUCUCAGCCAAUGCCAAACUUCGGAAGGGAGAGUCUGCCUCCAGCGAUAGUUCUAGGGGGAGUCUCUGA